GCUACCACGGCCCCCCGCAUCCCGCCCACGCGGCUGGCCCUGCACCACUUCGACGUGAGCUACAGCCUGCAGCUGAAAGACCUGUGGCCUUCUGUCCGCGCCGGCCUGCUCUGCGAGCAGAAGUACGGUGCGCUUCUCAACAACUUCUCUCCUGUUGACCACGUCAUGCAAGAGCUGGAGCUGCUGAAUGCCACCGAUUUUGUUUCCGAAGCCCCCAAAAAGGUGCAGCGAUCGCAGCGGGGUGCGGAGGAAGCGGGGAGAGGGGAAAGCGCGUCCCAGGAGGAGUCUGGCGAGGGCAGGACAGUGAUACAGGCAGAGGUGUCACCACCGCUUCGUGCCUCCCUCAGCUCCAACAUCAAGUGUUACACCUUCCCCAGGGGCGACAUCACGCGCUUUCGCCCUGCACGGCCGGACGCUCUGGGGCUCCUCGACUAUUAUCUCAUGGACGCAGCAUCUCUCCUGCCUGUCCUGGCACUCAACGUGCAGCCGGAUGAAUUUGUCCUUGACCUCUGUGCGGCUCCGGGUGGCAAGACUCUGGCUCUGCUGCAGACUGGGGUUUGUGGGCAUCUGGCAGCCAACGACGUCUCCAUUUCCCGGACAAAGAGGCUGUACCAGAUUCUCCAUAGCUACGUUCCCAAAGAAAUCAGGGAAACUGUGAGUGUCACGUCCUGCGACGGAAGGGACUGGGGGCAGCUGGAAGGUGGCACUUUCCAUAAGGUCCUGGUGGAUGUGCCCUGCACGACGGACAGGCACUCUGUCAUGGAGGAGGACAACAACAUCUUCCACAAGAGACGAACCAAGGAGCGUCAGAUGUUGCCCAUGCUGCAGCUGCAGCUGCUGAUGGCUGGGAUCCUCGCUACCAAGCCGGGAGGAGAGGUGGUGUAUUCUACGUGCUCCCUCUCCCCGCUGCAGAAUGAGUGUGUGAUCGAGAGGGCGGUAGAAAUUGCAGAGACCCAGUUUAACAUCAGUAUCCACGUUGAGGACUUGAGCCACUUUCGGACUUUCUCGGAUUGCCGGCUGGGGGAGCUUGUUCUGCCUCACCUCACAGCCAACUUCGGACCUAUGUAUUUCUGCAAAUUACGUCGGAUGUAG